GUUCCACAUGAAGGACCAAUGUGUGAUUUACUAUGGUCUGAUCCCGAUGAUCGCUGUGGAUGGGGAAUAUCUCCAAGAGGUGCUGGUUAUACAUUUGGACAGGACAUCGCAGCUCAGUUUAAUCACAACAAUGGACUCAGUCUCAUAUCAAGAGCGCAUCAACUUGUCAUGGAAGGUUUCAACUGGUGUCAGGAUAAGAAUGUGGUGACUGUGUUUAGUGCACCAAACUAUUGCUAUCGGUGUGGAAACAUGGCAGCGAUCUUAGAGAUAGGAGAGAACAUGGAGCAGAACUUCCUCCAGUUCGAUCCAGCUUCUCGACAAGUCGAACCCGAUACUACCCGUAAGACCCCUGAUUAUUUUUUGUGAUUUCUCUAGUUUUUUUUUUUGGUGUCGACCAUAUAUAAUUUUUGGAGUUCUCGUUUUCUUGCUUAUGUAUCAUUGUAGAUGUGCCCUUUUCUUUUUUUGUAAGUGGAGUUCGAAUUUCCCCUAAAAAGAAAGAAAAAUACAUCAUUUUUUUAUUGUUGUUGUUGAGGUGAUUGCUACUAUGAAAAGUUUGUAGGAGAGGCUUAUAUAUAAAAUAGAGUUGUAUUAUUCAUU